GGAUCGCACAGCGCCCGUCUACAGAAUAACCAGCGGCGUGGUGCUGAUAACCGAAGCACGUCCACAGAGCCCACGUAAUUUUUCUGUCUAAUCUCCCUGCUUAAAGUCCGAGGAGGCCUCCCUCCUGCACUUGCAGCCUGAAGAGGACCGCCAGCGCAGAAACUUUAGGCGACCGCCUAAAGUGAAACAACACACCGACCUCGUGCUUUUUUCCCUCCGCCUGUUUUUAGCCUUGCUUUUGUAUAUAAAGGAAGCCAUAUCUCUCUGCAAUUCCAUCCUGGUGGACCAGGGAGAGAGAGAGAGAUCCCAACCGCUGCUCAUUACACACAGACAGCACCCAGCACCCAGCACUCACUCGAGCCACCGCUUUCAUCCACGCUCCUUCACAUCUUCCGCCUGGCCCCCGUUCGCUGUGCCUUGAUUUGUUGCCCACUAUCUCUCCGCCCCGGUCCCCUUGUUCUGCAUGAAGUUUGGUGCUCAGCUUCGAAACAAAUCUGUCCCGGAGUGGCGUAGCUAUAACAUCGACUACAACGAUCUCAAGCAGAGGAUCAGAAUCACAACCGAGCUGCCCAAGGAUGACAGACGCGUGCAGGACCUGUACGGUUCCUUCAUCGAGCAGAUCGACAUGGUGAACAUGUUUCUCCAUUCCAAGCUUGGGGAAGUGAAGAGACGGAUGCAGUUUGUGGCGUCCGCGAUAGACGAUAACAAAGAGGACGAGCAGAUAUCGCUGAGCGUUGAGUCGAACCUGAGGCGGCUCAGCUCGGACCUACAGAAGCUCUCUCGAUUCAUUGUGAUUCAGAAGACUGGACUGAGAAAGCUGCUGAAGAAGUACACCAAGUACUCCAACGAUGGCGGCGAACUGAACACGAGCAUCAACAAGUACGUUGUGCAGAACCAGGACUCGUUUGUUCACGUGGACCUGGUUGGGCUGUACCUGGAGCUUGCGCUGCUCUACGAUCUCGUGAGGGAGAAGCAGGCCGACCAUGCGGAACGGAUGCAGAGGAGCAGCUCGUCACGGUCCGCAUCUGGUCGGAAGCCUUACCAGAGACGGUCUAGCCUGAUCAACCCGGUGCAAGGGCUGAACAUCAACGAAGUGUUUGACUUUGAGUCCACGCACAAGGGCACAUCAAAGGAGGUCUUUUUGGUGCACUAUGAUAACCUUGUUGAGUUGAAACUGUUCUUGCUGUCCAACUUUUACCUUGUCGACCAGUCUGUUCAGCUGGAGAGGAAAGAGCUGCAGUUGAAGAAGCAAAAGUCGGCAAUAUCGUUCAGACAACAACUCCAGUCGAGGAACUCAUCUGAUAACAUCUACAGACAACAGUUUGACGAAGAAGCCUCGGACCAGCCAACGUACAGAUCGAAUUCGAUCUAUACAAACACCACUGAUGAUUUGGCAAACCAGGGGUUGACGACAAGCAUCAUCCUAGAUGACCCAAAACAUCUACAGUCAAUUCAGAUGAACACAGAUCCUGGUGUAUUGUCAACAAAUGACCGUUAUCAGAAGCGUGAAUUGCUGAUCAGUGCCAUUGGUGGACUGCGUAAGAAUUCGAACGUUCUUAUCAAUGACAAAGGCUCAUUUGUCGAUGAGCUUUUAGAGGCUAUAAACUCGGGCGUAUUGUUUGAUGACUUUGUACAGAAACACACCGAAUACUUCAACUCUUUGGAUUCAUUGGAGAGAAUCUCCAUCGAAUGGCUUUUCUCAAGACAUAUCAAACCAAUCAUUAAAGUUUCUUCUACGAGAACUCGUUUUAGUCCAAAUUUAUCACCAUCAUCUAAUUUGGACUCUUGGAUCACCCUUUCUUCAAAUUUGAAGUUAUCAAAGAAGGACUUGACAAAUCCGCAAUGGACUGAGACGAACGAGCAAGACUUCAAAACUCUACCGUACGCGAUCCUGGAGGUUCGUUUCAACACCCCAACCGAACAGGGGAAACUACCAGACGUGCUGCAAAAGCUUUUGACUUCUCACUUGAUCUACAAGGUCGAUGAUACAUUGACAAUCCUUACGUAUUAUCUCUUUGCAUCCAAAGUGCUAGACUUCACACCAACUUGGGCAAAGUUUUUUGGAGACGAACCAGUUGACAUCCGUAAGAAUCCACCGAAAAUCCGCAAGGUGAAGUCAUCAGUGAAUACGACCAGCGAUGUCAGUUUAAAGCAUAACUCAGUCUCAGGAGAGAGCAACCAGUUCAAGUACUGGAACGAAUUCGAUAAUGGAUCGGAAACUGAACAGGGUGAUGGAUUCUACAUUGACGUUGAGUCAGAUGGCGACACUCUAUUCCCAAGCUCUGGUAUAGAGUACCUGUUUAAAAUCACUGACAAGAUGAACUCUUUCUUACACGGAAAGCUACCAUUCAUGUUCAACGAUACUAAAAGUUCUUCGACCCAACGUCUUGUGAAUAAUGAGAAUGGUGCGGACCAUGUAUAUGGAUCCACUGAUCACAGUGAUGUCGAAUCCUUUAGCGAUAGUGCUUCGCAGGCCAAAGCUGCACAUGAUACCCUUCUUGUGUUCAUCGCUGUCUCGUGUUCCCUUCUCAGUCUGGUACUAAUGUCUGUGUCUCUUGGUAUCACAAGUUCACUUUUGAGCUAUGAAGACCCACAAGUUAGUCCAAUUGUCAUUGCCGUCCUUGUCAUUGCCAUGAUUACAAGUUUGUUCUUCUCAGUGGUGUCACUCUGUUUCCUCAUGAUGAGUGAAGCUGUGAACAGAAAGCUCUGGCAAACAUUUUUCGUUUGGGCAGUGUUCAUCGCAGUUACAUUCUUGGUGACUUAUGGAAUGGCCAAUGCCUUUGGCAUUUAAUUAUUACUGUUCUAUUUGAUUAUGAUGUUAUGUACUAAUGUUCCCUCAUUUAUACCUGGAAUCCAAAUC